GUCAAACGAGAAACGUCAAAGUCAGCAGACUCGAAGAGAAAAGAAAAAUUUUUUAGGAAAAAUUUGAUUUUUCCUUGAUAAAAACUUUAAAACAGAAGAAAAUUCAUUGAAAAAAAUGGCACUUCACGCAGCAAUCAAAGGAAAAUUAAUUUCUGUCAUUGGCGACGAGGACACUUGCGUUGGAUUUUUGCUCGGAGGCAUAGGUGAAAUCAACAAAAAUCGCCAUCCUAAUUUCAUGGUCGUGGAUAAAAAUACCGCCGUUUCCGAGAUCGAAGAUUGCUUCAAACGCUUCAUCAAACGCGACGACAUCGACAUCAUUCUCAUAAAUCAGAACUAUGCCGAGCUAAUUCGUCACGUGAUCGACUCCCAUACGUCGCCAAUCCCCGCUGUGCUCGAGAUCCCGUCGAAAGAUCAUCCCUACGAUGCUUCCAAGGACAGUAUUUUGCGUCGUGCCAAGGGUAUGUUCAACCCUGAGGACAUGGUGCGUUAAAUUUUCUUUCAAAAAAAAGGCAAAAAAUUAUUCAUUCCCGAGGAGAAAAAUGAAAAAAAUAUUAAUUUGUGUGUAAUUUCAGUAAAAUAUUGUAAAUGUUAACGUUAAAAAUUAA